AUGGAGGGAUCAACACCAUCACUAUUACCAUUUCCAACAUCAUCAAUGACUUCUUCAUUUCAUCAAUUCCCACCAACAUAUGAAACAUUGAAAAAAACACCAGCAUUAACAGCAGGAUUAACUAUUUUUACAUUAAUUUUAUGUAUAUUAAAAAAUUCAUAUGAUAUUCCAAUGGAUUCACUAAUAUUAUAUCCAAAAUCUCCAUUAGAUUUUAAUUUAAAUGCUAUAUCACUUUAUUGUUUAAUUCAUGUUAAUUAUUUACAUUGGUUUUUAAAUAUUUUAGCUUUAUUUACUCCAUUAGCAAUAUUUGAAAAAAGACAUGGUACAAUACAUACAGGGAUUACAUUAAAUUUAUUAACUGUUAUAGCUGCUAUACAAUAUUGUGUUGUUGGAUUAUGGCUUUAUCCAGAAACUGGUGUUUUAGGAUUAUCAGGAAUUGUAUUUUCAUUUUUAGCAUUUAUGGCUUAUCAAGAACAUCAAUAUAAACCAAUUUUAACAAAUUUCCAAUUAGGUGGAUAUGAUAUUAAAAUAUAUACUUUAUUAAGUCCUUUUUUAUUUGCUGCUUUAUUUUUCAUUAUUUUCCCAUCAAGUUCAUUACCUGGUCAUAUAUUUGGUAUUACAACUGGUUAUUUAUUAGCUUAUGGUUAUAUUAAUAAAUUAUAUCCACCUUCAAAUAUUUUAUUAAAAAUUGAAAAAUUUUUAGCAAAAGGAAUCUCAAAAUUAGAACCUUUAGUUACUUAUUAUAAAGAAGAUGAAGCUAUUAAUAUUAGAGGUGUUAAAUAUACUCCUAUUUUGGUGGAAGAAGAUAUUGAAUCAGGAACUAGCAAUAAUGGUAGAACAAGAGGUACAAGUACCAGUAUUGGUGCAAACACUCAACCACCUCAAGCAACAAGAUCUGCUUCAUAUGUAAGAGAAUCAAGAGUAUUGGGAGAAGCAUAA